AUGUCCUCCCGCGGCGUCCCAGAAGUCCUCUUCAAAAAAGUAGACGAAUACGUCGACUCCCUCGCGCCCCAGAUCCAACCCCGCAUCACCUCCGAGCUCGAGACCUUUCAGCAAAAGACCAUCGACUGUCUCGAAGAUAAAGUCGUCGACGCUUUCCGAUCGCUCUUCAACAAAGAUAAAGAUUCCUCGUCACGAAGUCCGUUCGAUCUCAAGGAUGAUGCGCCUGAUGCCUACGGUGGACAGAGUCUGCCGUUUGCGGAUGAGUUGGCUAAGUUAACGAGGAGUUUUACAAAGAUUACUGAUGAGGCCGGGGAUGAUUUACGGGAUAUCUUCGAUAUCACGGAGGGGAGAGCCGGUGGGCAGAAUACGAGACCGAGGGGAGGGGAGACGUCGCGGGGUGGAGGUGGUGCCAAGGGGUUCUUGUCCGCUGCUUUUGACGCGGUGCAGGACCAUCUUGAGAACAACAACGGCCGAGGAGGAAGUCAAGGCUUUGAACUCGAUGGUCUACUGGGUGUGAUCAGCAACACUGUCAAAGACGCUGCACGAAACCCCGAGGAAAAAGCACGCAUGAUCAGUCCCGAGAUCAAAGAACAAGUCGGCGCCAAACUCCGCGAGCAACAUGCCCCGAUCGCAGAGCAGUUCACACGCAUUGCUCUCGACCACAUCAAGCGCUGGCUACGAGGAAACACGAGCACCAAGGAUUUAGGCGAUGGUGUCAAGGGCGAGAUUGAAGAUCAGGUCAAGGAUCUCGUCAAGGGAAUUGGAGGAUUAUUUGGGAGUAAAAAGUCCAACGAGGGUUCAGCGAGAGGGUUUGGCGAUGGAGAUCGUGAUGGCGAACGCGCUGAUGGUGAGAGCGGCGGUUUCUCAAAAGUCAUAAGCGACAAGCUCAGCACAGGUAUCGCAAGAGUCCACAGAGAAGUCCGUCUCGAGUUCCGCAAGAUUCUCGGCGGUAUUGAGAAGCAGCUCUUCGAAUUACUACCCGACCAAUUCCAGCGUCCUCUCGAGAAGAUCCUCGGCGGAAAUCCCUUCGAUACACAGCUCGACCGCGAUGCGGGACCAGGUCACUCAGCGGAUAGAGGGUUUGGGGAUGAUAUCAAGGCGAAGCUGGUGAACAAGAUUAGAGGGCUGGUGAGAAAGGUCCAGGAGACGCUGAGGGAGAGCAUUUUGGGGGUUGUUAAUGGCGGGCAUAGGAAGUUUGAGAGGCAGAGCUGGGUGUUUGUGCAGAAUAUGGUGGAGAUGAAGGUGCAGAAGUAUCUGCCCAAGGUUAAGAUCUCGGUGCCGGAUGAUAUUGGGAAUGAGGGUGUUAGUGUUGGUGCGCCGGCUCAAGCGAAUCUCGGUGGUUCGAAUGCGCCUGUUCCGGCUUCACAGGGAGGACAGGGAGGAUAUUCGUCGGGUCAGGGAGGUUAUGAUCGACCAUUGGAACAACAUGGAGGGGGAUAUCAGCAGCCGUACAAUCCUCCUUCGCAGUUUGGGGAUAAUCGACCUGAUCACCAGCAGAGCCAGGACUACAGACCGCAGCAGAGUCACGAUUACAGGCCUCCCCAGGAACAGGACUACAGACCCCAGCAGAGUCAAGACUACAGACCUCAAGGGCACGACGAGUAUCGACCUCAAGGGCAACAGGGCGAUUAUCGACCACAGCACCAGUCCCAGCAGGACUACAGACCUCAACAUCAGGACAACUACCGGCCUCAGGACGAGUAUCGACCUCAGCAACAGCAGCCGCAUCAAGAGUACCGCCCUGACCAGUACCCUCCGCCGCCACAACAUCAGUCAAGUCACUCGGGGGGGUACCAGCAGAAUGAGGGUUAUCAGAAUCAGGGUUACCAGCAAUCUCAAGGCUACCAACAGAACCAAGGGUACGGGCAAGGCCAGAGCUACGGAAGCAACCCUCGCUACUAA